AGGUCCAAUGAGUUAGUGGAUUAUCUAAAGAAGAAGUUUGAUACCGUGGAUCAAAGCCUAUCUGAUUUGGAAUGCAGUGUUAAGCACUCAGACAAGGAUUCCAUGGACUUGAAAUCCACUGAGAAUGCUUUGGAUCAGCACAAGGUAACAAAGCAUCUUUUCUUCCAAUAGAAGUUUAGAAACCCCCACCCCUCCCGCUCCCUUAAUGUUCGGCGAAUUUUGUUUCCCUAUUUGAAAAGUGACCUUUUUUGCAGAUAUAAUUUGCAAGCUAUUUGAAAUUGAAUGUCAUCUAUUUCUCCUUUUAAAAUAAGCUAUCAUCGUUCAAUUUCGCAGUGACCACGUGACAUAUUUUGCCACUUAUUAGUCCAAGUAAAGCGUGGCAUCUGGAUUUUGCGCGAAAAAGCACUCAAAUCAUGUGUUUUUCACCGAUAUUUCUAGAAAGGUCGCUGCUCGUCGUCAGUAAUAAAUCCAUUUGAUAGUUUACAGACUAAUGUGUUCUGUGCCCAUUCGCUAUAAAUGUCACUAAGGCAGCAUUCACACUUGGUACCCGGGCACAGCACACUAAUGUGAACACAACUUUUUUUGAAGUACCUACGUUAGAAUUCGGGCACGGAGCCGGUGCCUAAGUUAAGAUUGAGCCCUUGUACUCAGGCGCAAAAGUGAGCACCGGUAACUUUUGAGCACACUGUUUUUGUACUUUUGAGGCAGUCCACUGCUUUGUUCUCGCUGCUAAGCUUCAACUCAAAAAUGGCGUCUGACUGGAAUUAACUAUGUACACAGUUACAUAUCGGGUACUCAUGGUGUGAACACAACACCAUUUUGUACCUGUACCCAGGCACUGGUUCCCGGGCACAAAAGAGUGGACAGCCCCAUAGAAGCUGGUUGAGUUCCUUUUUAUCUGAUUCGUAUCUCAGGAGGUACUCAGCCAUUUUACGUCAGUAGAAUCUGACACAUACGAUGUUCUGGAGGAAGGAAGACAAUUGAUAGAAGACACACGCUUUGACAGAGCACAUGGAGAAUACUUUUAUGAAAGAAUUGAAGUAACAGUCAUAAGGAUAACAACUAUAAAGGAAAAUAUCAACAGAGAGCAUCAAAGGUAUGCGCCGUGUUUACUGCUGCUUAAGAGCCAAAUUUGUAUCACACCUGUUGUAACCAUCUGUGAUAAUACCAUCCUCGUUCCUUAGAAAUAAGUUCAAUACUUUUUUGUCGUAAAAUAUGACUUUUCUUCUUGCAGAUGGCACUUAACUAGGAUAUUAAACAAGUAACACAAUUUUUGUUCUCCUGAUUUUCAGGUUGUUCGAUCUGUAUCUUCUUUCACGAAGACAACACUUGGAACGGAUGAAUUGUUGGCUAUUGCGAGCUGAGUCUCGAAUAUCAUUGGAUGAUGAGAUAGAACCAACUUAUAAGAGAGUGCAACAGCAAGUCUGGGAGCAUCAGGUACAUGCAUGUGUGUUUACUACAUAGGCGGUAAGGGAGAACAUGCAUGAUCGCAGGCCAUCACGUAAUGCCCAAUUAAGACGAAGUACGUGAUAUUCAUUCACUAAGUGACCCAAUUCUCAUACACUUCAAAGUGGCUUGCUCACAACUCACUUGUUUGAAAAUAAAGGAUACACUGGUCUUCGCAUUAUAUAGUGCAUAACAGUGAAACGUUUACUUUCACCAGGAUUAAUUGAAUUAUUAACAAUAGCAUAUGCCAUUGUCAUCUGAGACUCUUGCUAUUAAAUAUCUGAAAUAUCUCUAAUUAAAAUCUCUCUGAUAUUAAUAUAAAUGUCCGUAAUAUUAAACUCACCAGUACAUUUCUAUAAACCUGUAGAGUGUAGUAAAUUUGUUUAUGGAGCCACAGUUGUACGGUCAAUUUUCUUAGAAAAAGACGCCGUUGAAAUCGGCGAAAUGUUUGCAUUUUGGAGGUGUCUGUCCCAAAAAAAGGCAAGGAAAUGACUGAGGAUCAACAGGGGGCCAAUUUUACAAUGUGGCCGUACGUGUCCAUACCAGUAAGCUCUCGGUCUUUUAAAGUUGUCCGUUAACAGGGAAUUGACAAUGUCUUGCAGUUAUAUUAUUAUAAGUUGGAUAUAAAAAGGCUGCACGAAUUUCAUGUUUCUCCACUGCUGUUCUGUAGGCUUUUCAAGAAGAACUGUCAAAUUACUCCAUGGCAAACAUGGUACUGGAUAUGGACUUGGAACACCCAGCUUUGGAUGAAAACAUAAGGGACUGGGUCAAGGUAUUUUCAACACAAAAAAGCUGUAUUGUUGAAGCACACCCUCUCCCCCCCCCCCCCUUCCCCGGGGGGCACCCCCUAUAGUGCCUAUACGGGAAGGAUCCGCGCGAAAGGAAUACCUUUUUCUGGCUUCAGGUAUAUUAGAGGAUUCAUUAGUAUAAGGGAAGGGAAUUUUGUAAAUUUGGUCUAUAAGAAGGAAUAACAUAUACAUUUUACGGCUGUAAAUAACUCGAGUCUAGUCAUAUCUUAAAGAGAGUAAAUUUACAGCGGUUAAAAGAGAUGCAAAGUUCUUAAAACAAGGUAUGUGAAAGGAGUAUUAUUUGUCAAUAGAAGGUAUACAUACGAAAGAGAUACUCUUUCCGCCAGAAAUGAAGCAUCAAAGAGUAAGGGGUUGGACCUCGGGACGGAGCCCUCUCUUAUAAAACUUUGCUGAGUACCCGCCAGGUUUGAAACAUUAUUUCACUGGCAGGUUUAUAACUAGAAGGAAACUUUCCAUUCUAUUGCGGCCAUACAGGUAUUAAGAGAGCGUUGGACGGUUGUGUGGAACUGGGCGGAAGAGUGGAGGGAGAAGCUUAACCAGGCUCUAAUUGACUGGCAAAAUUUACGUGAAGAACAAGCUGCCUUGCUUUCCUGGCUUUCAAGUAAAGAAAAAACUUUUGAUUUGAUUGGAGAAACAGAUAUCACCAACGAAGAACAAGUUACGUUGAAUUUAAAUCUGCUCGAGGUAAGAACAUUUCAUUUUAGUUAUCAGUAAUUUCUAUCGAUUCUCGACCCUUCACAUAAAAAACCCAAAGAAACGGUGGUAAUUUCAUGCCAUUGAUGCUUUUUAAUUCCUAAGGUCAUUUUUCUUUUCGUGUCCUCCUCUUGAGGCCGAGUGAAAUUCUCUUUGUUUAAAGAACCAAGAGCUGAUUAAAGAAAUGUUUAUGUCUUUAAAAAAACUUAGAUGAUUUUACAACUGGGGUGUCCAUCAAAAACUUGUAAUGAAAGCAUGUUAUUUGUGGAAUAAAAAGGAAGUCGAAUGCCUUUGUUUACGCCAUUAUGAAUAACAAGAAAAUAAUGUUACAAUCUACUCCACUCUUAAAACGAUGUUGCCAGUUUUCAAGAACGAUUAUCAACAAUCCUUAAAUAUAAUUCGUUUUCGUCAGUUAGAAGACGUUUCCACAGUCCCAGGUUAAUACAAUAUCGGUAUAAAUAAUUGUAAAAAUUUUAAGUGCGACGGAACAAUGUCGCCUGAUUUAGGGUUCACUUAACUAACGUAAGAAAUCGGCGCGUCUAAUGCGUCCCUCUUCACUUUGUCUCUCAGACAAUGGAAAAAGAAAUGGAAAGCCGACAAGAGGAACGAUUAGACUCAUUGCGUGAGACUGGAGAAAAGCUGAUCAAAGACGCUGAGUACCAUGAUGCGACAGCUAAGGGGAUCCGUGACCAGGUGAAUGACUUCGGCACUUGCUGGAAGGACAUUACUGAAUCGAUUAAGGAAAGGAAAGCAAUGGUAAGUGAUGUAAUUGGCUAUUACAUUUAACCGCGGAAUUAUCCUUUUUGUAAUGCACAUCAUCAUCAUCAUCAUCAUCAUCAUCAUCAUCAUCAUCAUCAUCAUCAUGAAGUCGAUCUGGAUCUGCCUUUAAUUUUUACGAACAUCCUUCACGUUUUCUUAUCCAACCGACAGUCGAUAAAUGUUCUUACUACCGUGUGGCACGAAACUUUUUGCGGAAGUUUAUUUUUGAGGAUUGGCGAUUGACGUGAUUAUUUGUAUUUUGCAGGAACUAUUUUUUGCGUUUAGGACAGAUUGGUUUUUCUUACUGGGGACUGAUUUUUUUGCAAAAGAAAGAACGAAAGUCCCGGACAAAUCAUUAAUAAUAUUUUCGUCCGUUUUUAUUGAGUACGUGCAAUGUAAAUACAUAUUUUAAAAAAAACACCACGUUUUGCGUACCCUGUGUUAAAAUAACAAAACAGGUUACUUUUCUUUGUCAUUCGAUUACAAAAACGAACAGACACGACUUCUUUAUUUGUACUCUAUUUUUGUGUAGCAAAUUUAAGGUCGAGAAUAUUUACUCUGGAGUAAAUUUUUGCGGGAGAAAUGUUAGCAGUAUUUAUUAUUAUUAUUUUUUUAUUAGUACUAUUAUUAUUAUUAUUAUUAUACAGUUAUUAUUUUUUUUUGCCGGAACUUAUUUUGCGGAUCGCUGGAAAAAUCGCAAACAUUAGAACCCGUAAAAAUGUUGCGCCACUCGGUAGUCUGAUUAUGCUCCUUCCACGGUUAAACGGAACAUAAUUUAAAUGUUCGGGUUGUAGCCAUGUAGCAAUAGCCAGCCAACCUGCAGUGCUCAAACGACCGUAAAAUAACGUUCUGAUGCCCAGUUUCAAAAUGUUUUCUUUUAAGCAUUUAAGAUUGCGUACAGAACAAUACUGUCUUGACGUUAAGCGAGGCAUUAUGGAUUGGUUUUGCUUCCUCUAUAGCGAUAUAUUGCUCAACGUGUAUAUUGAUCAAUGUUCAAUAAAUAUUGUCUUGCCUUACCUUCGGUAUCUUGUCGCACUUUUCACUUAAAAGAGUUAUUUUGAGCGAUUUGGAAGGAUUUUGAGUUAGCCGUUUACUCUUCCUCUGAGGCAAAAGGACGAAAAUAUACCGCAGGUAAGGUAAUAUAACGUUUAUUUAACAUUGACCUAUAUACAUAUUUAGUGGUAUACCGCUAUAGAUGAAGCAAACGGAAAGUCCUUUACAUUUACUAUAAAGUUACAAUCGGUUACACAAACAGGUUGUGUGGGAGCCCUGUGUUGAAACAUGGACUGUUUUUGUAUUCUAGCUUCAGGAAGCCCAAAACAAGGUGAAAAGAAUGGGAAUUUUAAUGAAAGAAGUCAGAGCUUGGUUGGACGAGGCAGAACAAUUCAUCAAGCUCGCUAGUUUGCAAGAGGAUCCACAAAAAGAAACCGAGAUACAAGAAAAGAUCGAGGUCAGAAUAAAGUGCUAUAAAAUAAGCUGACAUUAUUUUCAGUUACAGAUUACAACUGCAUCCAGUUUUUGCGUUAAGGUAGAAUAACGCAACCAAAAAAGUAAAUAAUAAUUCGUAAAUAAAACAAUCAAAAGAAAUUCAUGUUUAAUGAGUGUCUUUAUCUGAUAAAGACACGGCUAAACUUUACGUCCAACGUUUUAGACCAAAAUAACCCCAAAUCUAAAUAUUAAUGUUAGAAUGAGUUGAUCUUUAUUACAGAGAUUUUGAAGCCGUUCAAUAAACUCGCAGUCGUGUAUUAUCAGGUUUAAAAACACUCGGCUUCGCCUCGAAUUUUUAAACCUGAUUAUACACCCCUGCUCGUUUUUGAAACAGUACUUUAAAACAGCAAUACCCUUACCGGGGGUACAAAUCUUUGCUUUUAGUGGAUUUGCAGGUGGCUAAUCUAGCUAGAACAGGGACUCCAGCUGAAUAGCCAUAAAAACAAAACAAAUAAAAAAUAACAUAUUAUCUGAAGUUAACCCUUCAUGAAAUUAACGCGGAUUUCAUUUAAGUUGUGUUAAUUUCUUGAAACGUUAACUUCCGCGCCUUUAAUUAAGUGGAGAGUUAUUCCCGCGACCCUUUAUUUUCAUUGUUUUGGAUACACUUCUGACAUUCUUGACACCUAGAGUAUUCUAGAGUAUUCUAUCAGGGUGGAGAUGAACCAGUAAAAGUGAAACUUUGAGGAACCAUUGAAAUGGCCAGAUUUAAUCCCUUGACCCCCUCCGUACGUUUAAGAAAUUACCACGAACAAAGUUUCCAUUUCAAAUUUUACGUUUAACUUUGUUUCUCUUCUCUCGAAGUUUUGGUUGUUUGAGAGCGUUGCGUUAAUUUUGCGUUUUUGUUGUUGUUGUUGUUACCCUCCCUUUGGCAUUAAAUUCUUUAUAUGAAAGUCGUUUUCCACUAGAUUCGCCUUAAUUCAAGUCGCGUUAAUUUCCAAGACCUUAACUUCAUGGAGCGUUCAUUUCCUAUAAUGAGGUAUAAGGUCUACCUAGACUGCUCCGCAGACGAAACUGAACUUCUGGUUAAGUCUGUCUGCGAAAUAGCGCCAAAAUCCUCGUUCUGGGCCUCCACCCAAAUACCAGCAUUUGAGUACCCGCCAUGACUGGCCUGUUAAAAAUCUUGUUGUCGAUUUGUCGCUCAAGGAAAUUUGAAACGCAUUUGCGGUAAUUCGUUGAGUCCGAAUAGGCUCUGCUUCGCAGACGUUACUAACCGAAGUUGGAUUACGUUUGGGACGAAGGCUAGGUAAACCACAUGUGAACAUUCUUUGAUCUAUUAUUUAAAAAAGCUUUUUUAGUUGCUCAUUUCCUUUAUUAAUACCGCAAAUACUUUUUUUAUUAUCAUCUCUGCAGAUUAAAUGCGAAGAAAGAGAAAAAAAUCAGCCUAAGGUUGACGAAGUCAAAAGGCUGGAAGACUUGCUCAGCAGUGAAAUCGACAAAAAGUCAAAUUAUUAUUUGCAAAGAGUCACCAAGCCGUUCUACAAGCGGUGGAAUGACGCUAGUAUGGCCCUUAACAGAUAUCGCAAUGAAGAGUACCCGUUUGUCAAACCCAACGAUUGCUCCGUACUU